GUGACUCGGUGCCCGUGGUCCGGCCUGGUGACUCGGUGCCCGUGGUCCGGCCUGGUGACUCGGUGCCCGUGGUCCGGCCUGGUGACUCGGUGCCCGUGGUCCGGCCUGGUGACUCGGUGCCCGUGGUCCGGCCUGGUGACUCGGUGCCCGCUGCCCCGCCUGAUGGCCCGGUGCCCGCUGCCCCGCCUGAUGGCCCGCCUGACGUGCCUCUGCCCGCUGCCCAGCCUGACGUGCCUCUGCCCGCUGCCCAGCCUGACGUGCCUCUGCCCGCUGCCCAGCCUGACGUGCCUCUGCCCGCUGCCCAGCCUGACGUGCCUCUGCCCGCUGCCCAGCCUGAUGUACCAGCUCCUGAUGCCCAGCCUGCUUCUGGAAAUCCUGUGUCCAGCAAUCUGCCUUCCUGCGGUCUCCUGCAAAAAGAUAGGCCUAUCAGCAGGAGACCCAGCCAAUCACUUGAUUCCAGCAGUGGGAUGUCCAGCUAGUUGCCUGACCCAGGCGGUGGAACAUUUGGGCCAUUGCGCACUGUUUGGAGCGUCCUGAGGCCGCUCCUUGAGUCCUAGGGGGGGGGUACUGUCAGGAAUAGACUUGCCAAUGGUGGUGGGACUCACCUGCCUUGUGGGCUGCAGUACCAGGGCUGGCUAGCGGGUGCUCUCAGCAA